AUGGACCGCGCAUUGAAGGGGUUGGAUAAGCUGACAAUCGCAGCAGAGGCGCACACCCGCCGGUGGUCCCAGCAGUUGCUUCCGGACCUUCUCGCCCUGCUCUCCUCGGCCUCUGCCAUUCUUGAUAGACUCCCUUUUUUCCAUAACCUCCCUCUGCUCCCUCUCCUCCCUCUGCCCUGCUCCUCCUCCCUCUGCUCCCUCUGCUCCCUCUCCAACCUCUCUGCCCUGCUCCUCCUCCCUCUGCUCCCUCUGCUCCCUCUGCUCCCUCUCCACCCUCUCUGCCUUGCUCCCUCUGCUUCCUCUCCCUCUUCUCCAUUUUCUCUGCUCCCUCAGCUGCCCUGCUGCUACCAUCUCUGUCCCCGUGGUGCCAUGUGUGAACGAGGCAUGCUCUUCAUGUGUGACAGGAAGAGCAGAUCAUCGACCCAUGCUUCACAUCUCCCCUUUCUCCUCCGCUCCCUCGCCUCCCUCCCCGCCCUGCCCCCUCUGCUCCCUCUCCUCCCCGCCCUGCCCCCUCUGCUCCCUCUCCUCCCCGCCCUGCCCCCUCUGCGUCCUCUCCUCCUUUACCCUGCUCCCCACCACCCCCCCGCCCUGCUGCGACCAUCUCUGUCCCCGUGGUGCCAUGUGUGA